ACCAAAGAAGACCUAUAGCGCGGGUGAUCCAAACCGAGCAAAACAAAACAUCUGAACGACUUUUCUACACCGAAAUAUUGUGAGAAUUUGAAAAUCUCUGUAGCAAGUUUACAGUAGGCGGGAAACAGCUGGAGAAAUAUGCAGAGAGCUUCCCGUAUGAAGCGUGAGCUUCAGAUGUUGAGCACCGAGCCUCCUCCGGGUGUAACUUGUUGGCAGACAGAGGAGCGGAUUGAUGAGCUCCGUGCACAGAUUGUAGGUGGAGCAGGAACUCCCUAUGAAGGUGGAGUCUUUUCCCUGGAGGUCAAGGUUCCAGAGAGAUAUCCAUUUGAGCCUCCAAAAAUCCGAUUCUUGACUCCAAUCUACCACCCAAACAUCGACAACUCUGGGCGGAUCUGUCAUGAUGCUCUCAAACUCCCUCCAAAGGGUGCCUGGAAACCAUCUCUAAACAUCUCUACAGUUCUCACUUCUAUUCAGCUCCUCAUGUCUGAGCCCAAUCCAGACGACCCACUUAUGGCUGAUAUAUCGGCGGAGUUCAAAUAUAACAAGCACUUGUUUUUGGAGAAAGCCAAGAAAUGGACGCAGGAACAUGCAGUUCAAAAGAACACUGGAGUCGUGGAGGACAACAAAGAAAAUGCUCUAAAUCAGAAAAUCUCAUCCACAAAAAGAGAGGACGUCUGUGGCCGGCAGGAGACAGAAGAGUCAGCAAAGAGACGCUGUGUUUAA